AUGCUCCGCACCGCACAGCCCACAUCUGGGGCCGCGGCCGCGGCCCCGGUACCAACCGAGCAGCCACGCGGCAGGAGCAGAGCAGCGCCAGCAUUAGCAGCAGACUUGCGCACUGACGCCACGUUGAUCAAACGCACCACAGCCGCGCUCGUCAGGCACCAUCAGCAUCACGAAGGAGCAGCAGGAGGAGGGCCUCGUAAUCACCGCAGCGACAACAAUCACCUGUCCGGCGGCGGCCGCCGCCGUGACUGGGCCGAGUCUAGUGAUAACCGUCAGCAUCACCCUCUACGUCGCCCAAAUGCGCCCACCACCACCGCCAUCUACCCUUUCCUUGCCGGCCUUGCGGCUUACCACCUACCGCGUGACGACGACGGCGGUGCUUCCAAGGGUCUCCGCCUCGCGCAGCGCCUCUUCCGCACCUGCCUAUCACUCCUCCCGCUGCCGGGAGGGGAAGGUGUUGGUGGAACGCCGGGAGAGGAUGCUGCUGAGGUGAAGGUCGACAUGACGCCCCUCGGCUUGGCGUGGACGCUGGAGCGCACACGAGUGGUCUGGAAUACGCGCAUCUGCGGGGUCAAGGCCGACUGGGAGGAGGGCCGUGGCGACUUGAUUGCAGGGAAGCAUUGGGGCGUCAACGGCAUGCCCGGCGGCUUGUGUUUUGAGUUUGUGGAAGGAUGA